AUGGCUAGAGGGCUCUUCACUGGCAGCAACCAAGAUGUCGGCAGGGCACUCGGCUUGGAGGGGGGGAUGCUCUGCCAGCUGAUCCGUUCCCCAGAUUACAACCUCUUCCCCAACUCGGCGGUUUUUGAGAGCAACUUCAUUCAGGUCACAAAGAAGGGGAAAUGGAUGGACAUCACCCACACCCCCACCAUUGUGACUCUGGCAGUGACCUCCUCGGAUCCCUGCCUCCCUCUCCCCAACGUGCUCCUGAUGGCGAACCAACGGGCCCCACUUCAGGGGGUCCACCCUGGCAGUCCCCGGAUGUCACAAAUGGACCUGACCAGGCUGCUCCCCCUCCGGUACGUCCGGCUCUCUGUCCACAGUGCCUCUCAGCGCAUUUUGCGCCUCCAGACGGUGACCAAGACGGUGUAUUACCUGCAGCUGCACCACAAGCACCCAGAGGCCGUCUUUGCGCUCUGGAACCGCCUGACCAACAUCCUGGAGAACGGCCUCUCCACCACCACCAAGGACCCAGCCAUCCCCAUCCGCCACUGCCUGGUCUCCAGCCGUAGCAGCAGCACCUCCAGCAUCAGCCCCCUGGUCGAGCACUCUGAUAUGGUGAUGACAAGCGCAGGGGUGAUCAAGAAAGUGGGCCGGAAGGUGUCGGGCAUCACCACCCAGUUCUCCCCAAGUCCCAAGCAAAACCUGGAAAAGGCCCGGAGAGUCUCCUUCCAAGCGCAGCAGCAGAGCCUGGAGGACACGUCGGGCCUCUCCAGCGACAUUAAAGUCCUCUACUACGACCUGCCUCCGCCGCUGGUGUGCGCCCGCUGCAAGGGCCGGCUGCCCAGGACCGAGCCGCGGAAGUGCCGCCUGGACGCCCGGCGCGCCGACUCGGAGGUGGAGCUGGCGCCCUGGAUGGACCGGAGGACCCACGGCCUCUGGCAGCAGGAGACGCCCACCUGGCUGCAGCCCCCCUGCCGCCUCAGCUGCCUCGCCGCCGCCGGCUGGAAAUAG